AUGUCCUUCCAAACGCCAGGACUCACAAAAUUCGCCGGCCUCGCAUCAUCACCCGCAGCCGUCUACUGGGGCGGCAGCCUGUGGGUGUUCUACACGACCACCGCCGACAGCACCAGCAUCUGGUACGCCGAAUCCACCGACGGCGGGAACAAGUGGAACGCCGCCGAGAAGGUACCCGCCUCAGGACUCAGCAUCGCACCCAACACAUCGCCGUGCCCGGUCGUUUUCGACGGCAAACUGUACCUGUUCUUCAACGGCUCCAGCAACAACGGCACGUUCGUGACCAUCUUCUACGACCCCGAGUGGUCGCUCGUCAGCGCCGUCGCGACCCUGACCGGCGUGCCCAUGGGCUUCCUGCCCGGCACGUCGCCCGCCGCUGCCGUCUACCGCGGCGAGGUGCACCUGUUCUGGAACGGCGCGGGCGACAACGGCGUUUUCUGUCUCACCACCAACGGAACUACCUGGGGCGCGCCGUUCAGCUGCACCGACUGCGUGCCUGGGUUGAGCAUCGCGCCCGGCACCAGCCCGUGCGCUGUCAGUGCUGGCGACGCGCUGUAUCUCUUCUGGAACGGCCGCGGCGGCACCGGCGCCUGGUACGCCACGCACACGUAUGUCGCAGGGGACGGGCUGGUGCGGCUAAACGAGGCCUGGUCCGCCGCGGCGUCGGUCAAGGCCCAGGUCGCCGGCAUGGACUUCUUCGCCGGCACCAGCCCGGCGGCGCAGCCGCUCGACGCCAAGGAUGCAGCCACGCUACGGCUGUUCUGGGUCGGGCCGGGCGGGCCCGGCGAGGGCGUGUCGUACUCGGUGUUGGGCGCAGGCGGGACCUGGAGCGCGAAGAAGCUCGUCGCGGCCGAGGUUGGCGGCCAGGCGCUGGCGGCGGGGACUUCGCCGUGUGCGAUCAAUUUCACCGCCGGCUUGUUUCUGUUCUGGGCUGGUGCUGACCAGACCCUGCGGUUUGCUGAGCUGCCCAAUGGGUCGUGGGCCGAUACUAUAAAGGCGUUUCCCAGGCGCAACUUUGUGCGCAAGCCGGCGGGUAGAGCGUGA